AUGCACCGAGGUAGCCUCAAUGCCCUCCGGGGACCUGGUACCCACUUGGAACCUGUUUCGGUCAAAAGCAACUACCUGGAGGAAAAAAAGAAGCAAAUGAUACCAAGACAAGCUCCUAACAGGGAUCUAAUCAUCAGAUGUGUGCGGAGGAAAAUACAGUGAGAUGAGUCAGAAGAUGGGCAAGGAGGGUCCCCGACUCUCCAAGAACCAGAAGUUUUCCGAGCACUUCAGCAUCCACUGCUGCCCGCCCUUCACGUUCCUCAACUCCAAGCGCGAGAUCGUGGACCGCAAGUACAGCAUCUGCAAGAGCGGCUGCUUCUACCAGAAGAAGGAGGAGGACUGGAUCUGCUGCGCCUGCCAGAAGACCCGAUUGAAAAGGCGGAUCAGACCCACCCCCCGGAAGAAGUGAGCGCAGCGUUUCCGGUGAAUGGACGCCUCCAGCUCCUGGACCCUCUGCUUCUUGACCUCGGUGUCCUUGGGCGAGUUCUCUGGCUUUGGAUAUGACGCAGGGGCUGACACCUGCUGAGGCGGCCACCACCGAUUCCCACCCUGUCCAUGGCACUGGGGCCGCCGGGCAGCCUGCCUGGAGCACUUUGAAGAUACCAUCCUAUUGUUUUCUGAUCUCCAUUAUCACCUGUGAGAACUCUUCUUUCCUUCUGUGUCUCUUCAUUGACUCAAAUUUCUUCAAUCCGAAGACAUCUAUCUUUCUUCAGGGAAGUUCCAAAAACCAAGAUACUGUUGUACACCUCCCACAACAGCAAAGAUUAAAAGUGUUUAGUGUGGGCAAGAGUGAAGGGAAAAGUCUCACAGGCUACUGAUGAGAAAUUUUAAGUUGUUACAACACUUCUGGCAUGCAAUCUGGGGAUAUUAGCAAUAUAGGAUAUUACAUCAUCUAUGCUCAAACAGUUAUAAUUUAGGCAUCCAUCCUAAAGAAAAUCUGCAUUCAUGGAAAAGGGAUAUAAAGGGAAACAUAACUUUGUUCAGUGAAGUAUCAUAAAGACAAGAGCAAGAAAAUUAAUCACCAUAUCCACCAAAGAAUGAGUAAAUCAAUAAUGACAUAUUUAGAAAUAAAAUAUAAAACAGCAGCUCAAGUAAACGAAACAGAUAUGCCCACACCAGUGAGACAAAUUGGGAAAACAAAAUGGAGAAUAUAAAAAACAAAUAGUAGUCAAUGUAAUAUAAUGUCUCCCGCAUAAAAUUUCAUAAUACAUGUUUCCUGAUGAGUAGAAACCAUAAGAUCUGUCUCUCUCUCUCUCUCUCUCUGACAGAAUAUUUUUAAAUGAUAGCAAAACAAAAGGCAAUCCAAGAAAUGUUUAUCCUCUUGGAAAUCAGAAAGAAAAUGUGAAAUAAUUCCUGGUUUGAAGAAUGGCAGAAUUAAAAACUAUGUAGAAAUAGCCAAUGAAUAUUUACCAGGCACAGUUGUGUUCAGUGGAGAAGUGGGAGAGACUAACGACCAGCCUCUCCAAGGUUACUAGCAUUUGAAAACAACACGCUUGUUCCGAGCCAACACUGUGUCUGCCAACUUCGGACAAGGGCAAAUAGACCUACUAUGUUUCUUCCUCUCAACCUUGCUUUAGUAAUAGGUAGGGAAACACAGAAGACAUCAGAAUGUUGUAGAAUGUGGAGGGAGGUAAAAUGGGCAGUAUUAGGUAGAGGGAAGCUGAGGGUGUAGGGGAAAAGGGACUUGCGGCGCAGUCUAAUGCCCGAAGUAGCAGUGGUCAAGCAUACGCAGGUGCCUGCAGCCUCUCCGAGGCCUUGACUCUGUGCCAGCGACCACAGCCAAACCUGGCCAAGUUUCACAGGUAAGUCAGAUUCUGGGGCAGUGCCCAACAGAGUUCUGCUCAAGGUGUGGGGAUGGAGAGGAAGCAGGGGAUACCAGCCAACAGGGAGCAGGACUCAGAUGAGAGUGCAGUAUGUCAUAGCCCAGAAAGGGGAAUCAGGCCGUCUAAUGCCACAAGACAACUGGAGGUCAUGGCCAGAGUAUCUGGGCUUCCUCUCUGAGGGGCGCCGUGGCUCUCUCUGGAAGUGGCAGUGGGAAGGUAGGGAGAUUACACAACACAGUCUUGGGGGGAAAAAAAAGACGUUUUUCUGUCUAAAUUAGGUGCUAAAUUAACAACAGAAAAAGACUCUCCACCACCAACGUUUUCCAAUGAUGUGCUAUCUGAAGUCAUUACACUCCUGUGAAUAAGAGCAGGGCUGGCCUGGCCGACCGGUAGAGAGAACAGAUUAAUAAACCAGUCCACCCAGAUCCUGUAAGGAAACAUAAGAUCCCUUCAACCUUUAAAAGAUUUUUUUCCAAGCUAGAUAGAUUUUUCUCCAAGCCAGAUAGGUUGUAGGAGUCUAACUACCACAUCAUCCAGAAGACACUCAGUCACCACAGAAUGCAAACUGGGGAGGCGGGGACACAGUAUAUACUAAUUCAGCCAAAAAUGGAUAAUAGCACAGACAUGUUAAUAACUAGACAUUACUGAGUUCUCUCUGUUAUGAAAAUAAAACCUUUGGAAUGGAUUAAAAAAAUCUGGGAAUUACUUGAAACCUGGAGAACUAAAUGUCAUAUGUCUUAAAUCUACUAAAAUAUACUGUAAUUGUAUUUUUGCCUUUUAAGGGUUGAUUUCAAGGACCACUUCUAGAUAGAUAUUGCAGAUAGAUAUUGCAGUUUUGGGUAAAACGCCAAACGUUGUUCUAUAUAAAUUCAGGAAUGGAAUUUUUUUUUUGAUAGAGGCGCUCAUCUGGAAGUGCUCGGAGGUUAUCCCUUGGGCAGUGCUUCUGGGUUGUUCAUGGCAGUGCUGGGGGACAUACAAUGCUUGGUAUCAAAUAAGGGCCUGCUGCAUGCAAAUAUAUGCUCCAGCCUUUUGAGCUGUAUCUCUUCCGUUUCUCUGCCAUAAUACUUUGUAUAUCUCCCUGAUAUUUAUGAAUGUUAAUUGUAUAUUACUCUGAUAAAUAUGAACGCUAAUUGUUUUAUGUUCUGACAUUUUGAUUGGUUCUGGGGAAACUGAGAUGCAUCUCAAGAACUGUUCUGGCAAAUGCUUUCCAGCUGGCUAUAUAAGUGAGAAGUCCUCUUUUACAGUGUUUGCCAUUUCUAUGGUGUCAAUACUUUGACUGUGUCUGGUUUCAAGCUCUGAAUGUGCUACCACUGAAUGUAACAUUGGGAAGAGAUGUGCAGAGCUUACCCUUGUAUGUUCAUGAGCCUGUGUGAAACUACAGCCUUUUACUAAAAAUACUGCUUCAUUAAGCAUACGAAGGUACUAGUGAAAGAAAAGCUAUAAAAGGAAAAUAAAAUAAAUUCAAACUGGGAGCUCAAAUAGAGAAAAA